AUGGAUCGACAAGAGGCAUUGAGCUCGCAUGCACCACUCCUCUCCGCCUCCACAACCCAACUCCCUCUCGAGACGACGCGAUCAACUGCCAGAUUAUUGUUCAGGUCGCACUGGAAUCUGAAGUCAGAGUCUGCUCGGGAGGAACCCAGAUUACGCCGGCUAUUGGGUCAUAUUUCGGUGUAUGACCGUACGAAAGACUUCGCUCAGGCUCAGCCCGUGUCGACCUACACAACCACAACAGAGGCGAACAGCCCAGCAACAUACGUCGAACAUCAAGUACCCUCAUUCGAAGAGUUCAGAGCGGCACUCAAAGCUCAACUGGAAACUAUUACCCAAAUCAGGCUGGCAGCCGCCAUCCAAUGCAACGAUGUCGACGAAUUCGAUACCGACGAAGAAAGCGACUGUUCCUACGAUAGCUUCGACGGAGACGACUGGAGUGACGAGGACACCUCUGUUGACAGCGACGACAGCCUCACGGACAACGACAGUGACGGCCAAAUAUCUGAGUGUACGAGUCCAACCUCCGCUUCGGCGAAUUCAAAAUACGACUCAGAAGAGGACGACGGCAUCUGGGCAAUCCGGCCCCUCACGCCAUUCUUGAACACCUCCAAUCGGGUGGCCAGUCCUUCGUAG